UGAGCCCAAGACAUUGUACUGUUGGAGGAGCUGGGCUGGGCAGCGGGCUCGCGGGGAGCAGCAGGACCGCUGUUCAUAAUCCUCUACAUAUCGGAUGCUGAUUGACCGUUGAGCGCCUGCAGGAUGCGUUAAGGGUCAAAGGUGAGCUAGCGAGGCAGAGAUGAGUCUGACUUCCUGGUUCCUGGUGAGUGGCGGGGGGACACGUCAUCGUCUCCCCAGGGAAAUGAUCUUUGUGGGGAGGGACGACUGUGAGCUCAUGCUUCAGUCCCGCAGUGUGGACAAACAGCACGCUGUCAUCAACUAUGAGCCGAAUACAGACGAACACAAAGUUAAGGACCUGGGCAGCUUAAAUGGGACAUUUGUCAAUGACGUCAGAAUACAGGAGCAAAUCUAUGUCACGCUGAAAAUUGAUGACAAAUUGAGGUUUGGAUAUGAUACCAACCUGUUCACCGUGGUUCGAGGAGAGCUGCAUAUUCCAGAGGAAGCUCUUAAGCAUGAGAAAUUCAGCAGCCAGCUUCAGCUGAACCAGAAGAAGCCACCAGAGGGGGAAUCAUCAAAAUCAGAUGUGAAAUCCUCAGACACAGCAGUAGCAGUGUGCGAGGGGGCCACCGCUAAGCCCCCUGAGGCCUGCAGGGCAGAGGACAAGACAACAGGGGAUGUAGCUGUUUUGCACAGGGGUACCCCCCUUUAUGGCCAGCCUGCCUGGUGGGGAGAUGGAGACACUGAUGACCAGCAACCAGGGAGGCCUGAGGAAAAAAGCUCAGACUGGAAGCGAGAAAAACCUGAAUCAGACACCAAGAAAAGUGCAGAGGUCUCAAAGUCCUCCCUACAAACAACCUCCAACCAGGAGCCCAGCUACUUUGAGAUCCCAACCAAGGAUACUCCCUCAGCGGGCAAAGUAGGUGGUGAGACCCCCUUACGAGAACAAGAGGUUGGUUCUUCUGCUGCUGCUGGCCAUGCCUCCUUCACAAUUGAGUUUGACCCUGGGGUGUCAGGUAAAGUCACAGUCAAAGAUCGAGCUCCGAAGGUAGGACCAGAGACCAGGCCGCGUCCUAAACGACCUGUCGGAGAGGAACUGAGUCCGCUUCAGACAGCCAUGGUAGCAGCGGAGGUCAAAGUGGCCGAUUGGCUAGCUCAGAAUGAGCUGCCAUUGGCUCUCAAAGAGACGGUCGCAGAGGAUGAUGGGGAAAGUGUGAAGAGUGAUGUACCUGUACAACUGAGGAGUCUUAAAGGCAGUAAACAUGAGGACGGCACACAGAGUGAUUCUGAGAAUGCACUUGGAGAGCAGCGCAGGGCCGCAGCACUUGAGGAACGCUCAUGGGGCCUUUGGGGCAGCGCAGGGACGAAGAUCAGGGAGGGUCGCGCUAACGUACCAGAGGGGCUCUUUGCAGAGGAGGACAGUCCUGCGCGCCGUCGCAAGUCUUCAACUUCCAAAGUGGCAACUGGGUUCGUUGAGAGGCGACGUGGCUCAGCACCUCACCAGCAGGGUGGACGUGACGAGUGCCAUCAACAUGGAGAUGAUUAUAGCGAUAGAGGGACCUACACCAUUGAGCUGGAGAAUGGAGAUCAUGAAGAGGAAGAGGCUAGAAAAAUGAUCGACAAGGUGUUUGGUGUGGAUGAGCAGGAAGCUGUGUGUGUGUCGAGGAUGGGGGCCGCUGAGCAAAGAGAGAGGCUCACCUCCCAGAGAUCUGGAGCUGGAGAUAGGGGGAAACCUGGGCGCAUGGAGACAGAGGUACUAUCUGAGGAAUUGGUGGUGGGUGGUCCUCGAUGGGUCUCGCAAUGGGCUACUCUGGCUGCCAGUCACAUUAGGACAGACCCAGAAGGAUCAGGAGGGGAGAGUCACAUCAUGGUCACAGAGGACAGAGCUGAAAUAAGUGAGUCCAGCCACUCAGCCUCCUUUGCCUCCUCAGGCUACACAGAGCGUAAGAGGAGAACCCUACCCCAGCUGCCCAGUGAGGACCUCCCCCUGGGAAGGAGGACUCCAGGCUCAGGCCUGCGCACAGAUAUGGGGGAGAAACAGGACACAGAGCUGCAGGAGAAGGAGAACCAGGAGGAGAAGAUGGCAAGGGGGAAGAGUCGGCCCGGUCAUGGCACAGGAGGUGUGGGCAGUCAUGGUGGGAGCCCCAGUCGCUCCUCACCAGCCAAGUCACAAGACAGUGGUGGCGGGAGAUCAGGUCAGUCAGGUGUGUUGACUAAGCUCCCCCCUCGUCCAAUGACCAGCGGGGAGAAGAGAAUGGAGGAGGCACGGAGGAGGAAAAAGGAAGAUGAGAAAGCUAGGGAAAGUAGUGGGAAACCACUGUUGAGGCAGGAGAGUUUUACUGUGGAGAAACCAAGCUCCAAUGUGCCCAUUGAGCUCAUACCACGUAUUGAUGGGCUCACAGGCAGCAGAACUCAGAUCAGGGAGACUGGCAUUGACAGUGUCACACUGCAGAAGGACUCUGAGGCUGUGGCUGCAUUUUUAGAGACCACUGUUUCAGACCAAGGUGAUCCACCAAGUCAGUCCAUUGAAGGUUCAAUGUCACCUGAGUCAGAUGUGGACACAACGAGCACAGUAAGCCAGGCUGAUGGAGCGAGGAAAGUUGUCCAGAAACGCAGGACCCUUGCAGGACAGCAGAAGGAGAGAACAGUGGUGUGCUCAUCCAGCAAGGGACCUACCGGGGGCCGAGACACCCAGGACAGGAGGGCCAAGACCAGAACAUCUGUUCCUCCGCAGCCCAGCCGCCCCUGGACUUCCCUGGACCUCACUGAUGAUGAUGUCAACUCCAACUCACUCCUUUCAGAUUCACAGCCCACCUCCACACAGGACUCUAGAAGUUCACAUACCAGAGGCCAAACAGGGAGCACAACAGUGGGAGCAAGCACCAAGUCUAGUCGGGCUAAGAUCACCCAAGCCCCUGCCUCCUCUGCACCCAGUAAAACCACAAAUGUCCCCAAGCCCAGGCCCACAAGGGCAUCCCUGCUGAGACGAGCCCGGCUGGGGGAUUCAUCAGACACUGAGCCUGCUGAUCUUGACCGGAUGUCAGUAGCCUCUGAGGCCUCCACUGCUAGUUCCACAUCCAGGACAGGGAUGGCAAGAAGGGGAAUGUCCAGGAUAGAGGCUUUGGCACAGCCAAGGAGGCCGAGGGUGGGCUCCCCGUCAGCCCAGAGCGACUCAGAAGCCACUGUGACGAGGAGUAGGGGUCUGGGCUCCCGGAGUGUGGCAGGGGAUUAUGCCGUCAGACAAGGACUAAGAGGGUCCAAUGUGACCUCAGUGUCUGGACAGAGAGCCAGGGCUAAUAGCGCCUCCAAGCUGCCUGACAAGAGUAAAGGCACCUCCUCACAUGGACAUGUCACACCUGCAUCUGGCACUCGAUGGCGCCGCGUACCAGUGGAGUAUGCCUCCACCUCAGAGGAUGAGUACGGCUCAAACCGCCACAUUUCCAAGCAGGGCCGCACGCAGCCGUUUUUGUCUACUCGAGUAGCCCAGCUAGGAGGUUCAGCCCCAGCAACCCCUAAUCCUGUAGGCCUGGCUGCCCUGAAGCAGCACUCCAGGGAACAGGACGAGUAUAUGAGAGACUGGACGGCACACAGCGAGGAAAUAGCCAGGAUUAGCCAAGACCUUGCCAAAGACCUGGCCAUGCUCGCCAGAGAAAUUCAUGAUGUGGCAGGAGAGAUCGACUCAGUCAGCCCUGCAGCCACUGAUCCUGGAGCUCUGUUGGAGGAGAGUGUAUUUGAUGACAGCUUGGAUCUAGGUGGUCCCUCCACAGAUCACAGCAACGUUCUGGGAACCAAUGGACGAUCUGUGGAGCUACGACCAAGAGGCUCCGGUGGACACGGCUCCCGCUCCAUCCGCCGACAGACAUGGAACAGAGAUGAUGCGGUGCUAGACAGUUUACUCCUAGCAUCUGUGACUCAACUGUCAACCAGGAUACGUCAAUCAGUUGACAAAACAAGCUGCAAAAUCAGGAUCCUCUUCAAAGAUAGAGAACGGAAAUGGGAAGAGAUUGAGAGCAAACUGCAGGCAGAACACGACUCCUUACUACUCAAGAGCUCCAACAAGGAGAUUUCAACUAUUAUUCAAGACCUGAAGAGAGUGGAAAGACAACUGCUAGCAAUUGACAUGAUGGUGGACCCAGAUGGCACCCUGGAUGCCCUGUCCAAUCUGGGCAUCACCAGUCCUCUGGCUGACCAGAAGAUCAGCCCUGGGACUCAGCAGGGGGUGUCAGUGUUGCACCCUGGAGCUGAAGCUUCCCCCUGCACAGUCUCAGCAACCAGGCCCGAAGGACUGGCCUCUGAACCCUGUGGAUCCUCAGACCAUGCAGAGGUGGCAGAGCGACACCAAGGGCCUCAACAGAGUUCUAGAUCCUACAACUGACACACCGUGGAAAUCUUUUAGAAUUUAUUUUAGACACUGACUGAAGCCCCCGGAAGUAGACCUCGGGGUGAGGUUAUUUUAUGAAGGAGUGUGAUGCCUAUUCCAUGGGAAAGCCUGACUAUCCUGUUAGUCAAACUGAAGCAUGUUGGGACUGUGAAAGUCCACUACACUCUCAAACAGCAGCUCUUGGGAUGUCAGAUCUACAAUAUGAAUACAUUACAGUAUUAAUUGGUGGGCUUAUGAAGAAGCUAUGACAUAACAUACAGUAACCCAUCUGUGUUUUUGUGUUGCAGUUCAUCCUUGUUAUCCUCAUUUUAAAAAAGAACAGAUGUAAAAGAUGAAAGGACAUCAUGUAAAAGGUAAUCUUUCCAAAUUCCUGCUUAGAUUCUUUUUUUUAAUCUUAACUCAGAGCAUCUGUGACUUUUGCAAAAGGUUAAAACUUCAUUUCCAAGUCUUUUCAUUUGAUUACAAUCCUUGAAAUCUUUGAAAAGUUUGUCAGUCAGCUGACUUAAGGCCAACGCAGAAACUCAAACUAGAAAGGUGCAGCAGUGUCAAAAAAGGAUUCAGCAGAGGUGUGUGUGUCUGUGUGAAAAGUGUUCUUUCAUCCUGCCAUAGAAUUAUUUAUAAAGUAAGUAUAUUGUUGGCCUGUUGCAAUUGCAAUCCCCAAGCCUGUCUCAGUAAUGAUUUUCCAUCAGAAAAGGCCACAGUGCUUAUUUGCUGGGAAAAGAACUGGGUAUGUACAGUAUGUGUAAAUGUUUAUUAUAGUUAAAUUAAAAUCUCCCAUCCAUGCCUUUUUUCCUUGUGGCGAUGUCAUUUGAAACCAGUGUAUCAAAGAUAGACCCUGUGUGUUAACAGACACUAUGAAAUCAAAUGUAGCUCCCAGAGAAGGUUUUCCUCUUCCAAAUGUAUUUUGUCACAAGUGCCCUGGAUCAAACAAUCAUUACAGUUGGAGAUAAGAGAUGCUUCAGUGUAUAGGAGACAGUGAGGGAGGUGAAAAUUUGUUUCUUUGCACAUUACAAAGCUUAUAUAUGAUAAAACUCAUCUCUGAGGGACCAGGACGAUAACGUGCCCCUAUGACGCUCCAACAUCAUGUUGAUGUCCUCGACCAAAAACAAAGCAGGGUUUUUAAAGCCAGCUGUCUGUCAAUGAACAGUUUGUUAAAUUACUUUCUGAUCACAAACAAAACGUAGUGUUUGAACCAGCAUAGACAGGGACUACCUCCAGGUCCUGCAGCUGCAUUUUAUCAUUAACGAUGCAAUGGAAGGAAGGACAGUGUCAUGCCUGUAGGUUUUUCAAUGUCUUGCCUCAUACCAAUGUUUACACAUGAAUGUAUCCUGAUCAGAACUGUUGAAAACAUUUUAGCCAAAACAACUUUAAUAAAGAUUAACAACUGCAUUUUGUGCUUAGCACCUACUGUGCUUUGUCUUUAAUUCAGUUUAAGCAUUUGGAUUUUUUUGUUUGGAUGUUUUGUAUGAUGUUUUUUUUUUUUCAUUUUUCUUUGUAUGAUGUUAGGUUAAACGUUGACCUUGCAAUACCUGUGUCUCAUUUCCAAUAAAAUGCAUGAUAAUCA